ACUCGGCCCCAGAAGAGUGAGGGGUUGGGAGUCGGAUUCUUGGAGUCCUGAGGGACAGAGCUGGAUUAUCAGCUUCUGGGUUCUGAGACUGAGGGUGCCGAGUGCUCGGAGAGGAGAAAGGGCCAGGAUUCCGGGGUCACGAUGAAGGAGCGGCUGCCAUUCUGGGUUCUUUGGUCCUAGGGGUAAGGGGACUGGGAUCCGGGUCCUGGGGAUGAAAGGGCGCUGGGCCCGGAUUCCUGAUCCUGUGGGAGGAAGGGGCUGGCAGCCGGGAUUCCUUUCCCUAGAAAUCCCCGCAGGAUUGAGUCCUUGGGGCCUGGUUGUUUAAAAUUAGUCACAGGUCUCAGUGGGAAGAUCCAGCGCCUGGCUGCAGGGCCCACGUCGGCCGUGAUUCUGCCCCCCACCCCUCCGGGACUUGCCAAGUCGCCACCCGUCCCAGGUUCCGGGACCGAGCUGGAAUUCCCCACGUGCGGGGAUUCCGCGCGAGCUACGCCUGGCCGCACGCCGCGCCUGUAAACCGGACCCCUGGGGCGGGACUGAGAGAGGAAGAGGGAAAUGGAAGAUUCCCUUGCGGGAGCGUCGUGACAUCAGCGCGUAGCUUCGGGGCCGUUUCCGCGUCUCCCUCCUCCCUUAACCCUUCCUCCCCCGGAACUCUGGAGGGUGAAGGUUGAGUGUACGGACCCCUCUCCGUUGUGUGGAAGAGGCGUCUGGGAACUGGGACUUCCAGGUCGUAGGGAGGAGGAUGCUGAAGGUCCAGACUCCUGCGGGAUGGGGCUUGGACUCCUAGGUCUGAAAGUGGGCAUGAGGUCUGAACCUCUGGAUCUCGGAGGAGCUCCAGGGAGUUAGACUCUUGGUUCUCCCAGGAGAGGGGCAGGGGAUACUGCGGGGCAGCGUCUUGGGCAGAAAGAUGUUGGGAGCCUGGAGGUGCGUGUCCAGGAUCUGAUACUAGACAACACCUGAGGCCUCAGGACUGGGAGAUCUGGAGUGAGCCGGAAUGAGCGCAGCCACUGCCCGUCACAGACGGUGAAAAAGCUCCUGGAAGAACAGAGGCGCCGCCAACAGCAGCCAGACGCUGGUGGGGCACCGGGACAGUUCCUACCUCCACUGGCCCAGCCCCUGAUGCCAUCUGUGAACAAGGGUGAGGUUGGCCAUACUCACUUUCCGGCAUACCAGGAGGCUGUGGGUUCUGGACUUGGUGGCCUGGCCCCAGUGACAGGCUUUCCAGAUUGGAGCCCCAAUACACAUGCUGCCUACACAGACAGCCCGUACUCUUAUCCUGCUUCUGCUGCUGAAGGUUUCCUGACUCCUGAUUUUUGCCCACCGUUGGACCCAGGGCAGCCAUAUCCAUUUCCCUUGGGAAUGGAGGAACCCCUGGAUUCCCAGCUUUAUGCAGAACCUUCCCUGCCACAGGUGGGAUCCUGGAAAGGUUCUGGACUCUCCUCAGGACCCCCACAGUUGCCCCCUGUGGUCACCGGACCAUCACUGGACACUGCCCGUGCUCAUAUGCUGGCCUUGGGGCCACAGCAGCUGCUGGCCCAGGAUGAGGAGGGAGACACGCUCCUGCACCUGUUGGCAGCUCGGGGGCUGCGCUGGGCAGCAUACGCUGCGGCUGAGGUGCUCCAAAUGUACAGACGUCUGGACAUUCGUGAGCAUAAGGGCAAGACUCCUCUCCUGGUGGCUGCUGCUGCUAACCAGCCUCUGAUUGUGGAGGAUCUACUGAACCUAGGAGCAGAGCCCAAUGCUACUGACCAUCAGGGACGUUCUGUCUUGCACGUGGCUGCUGCCUAUGGGCUUCCAGGGGUCCUCUCGGCUGUGAUUAACUCAGGGGUCCAGGUUGACCUAGAAGCCAGAGACUUUGAGGGCCUCACCCCUCUCCACACAGCCAUCCUGGCCCUCAAUGUUGCUAUGCUCCCACCCGACCUGUGUCCCCGGGUGCUAAAUACUCAGGCCCGAGACAGGCUGUCUUGUGUCCAGAUGUUGCUGCACAUGGGUGCCGAUCACACCAGUCAGGAGAUCAAGAGCAACAAGACAGUUCUGCAUUUGGCUGUGCAGGCUGCCAACCCCGCCUUAGUUCAGCUGCUGCUGGAGCUGCCACAGGGAGACCUGAGAGCCUUUGUCAACAUGAAGGCCCAUGGGAACACAGCGCUCCACAUGGCAGCUGCCCUGCCCCCCGGCCCACCCCAGGAGGCCAUAGUGCGGAGCCUGCUGGCAGCUGGGGCAGAUCCAACACUUCGAAACCUGGAGAAUGAGCAGCCUGUCCAUCUGCUUCGGUCUGGGCCGGACCCUGAGGGGCUCCGGCAGCUAUUGAAGAGGAGCCGCAUGGCACCCCCAGGCCUGUCCUCUUAGGACUCAAACCCAGAACCUGGACUGAUUUUCCAGUCCCCACCGUCCUGUGGGACAGCCAGCGUAUGCUAAUGUUGCAAAUCCAUGAUAAUGUAUGUGGAAUGUCCUGCCAUUGGAGGUCUUACAUUAAAACCCCAAAGUGGCUGCUGGGGGUGGGGUGGUAAACAGUCCCCAACAUUUGGGGUGGUGUGCUAUCCCUCCCCCACCCACAAGGAGCCCCCUUGAUGAUUUCUGUGAAAUCGAGGCCCCUUGAUUGUUUCUAUGAAACAUCCUGGACCCUAACCCUUUCCCCACUGGGAUCUUUUAGAAUCCCCCUUUCCUAACUUAGCUUUUCAUACCUGGAACCUGAGAUGUAAUUCUCCUACAUGGUAUUUGAGGCAUCUCGAAACAGCCCCCAGUACCAUCCUAGCAGAGCUGUUAAGAUGAACCCCCAACCUCUUCAGGUCCUUAACUCUGAGAUUUGGGAGGACUCUCCUGGAUCAGAGUCCCCUAGGUCCCAUUGUUUUCUAAUUCAAAAGUUGGCCAGGCCCCAGUCCCAGACCUCUACAUCCAGUGAAUCCCUCCCUGAAACUCCCUAUUAAACUCAAUUUGGACUAGAA